UUUCGUUAUAUGAAUUUCUGAAUCGUUUUGAAGCAUCUCUAUGUAUGUGUUGAAUCAGUUAUUAAAGAUGAGGUGCUCUUGUUGGAUUAAAUUUCGUUCUAAAAAUGUCAAAAAUAAUGAUGAUGAUAUGGCAUCCAUUGAAGUUGCAGAUGGGAACGUGACAGAUUCUAGUAGCGGCAAAGGGUUUAGUAGUCAGAGAGCUAAAAUGGCACGUUGUUUUACAUUUCAUGAACUUGCUAUUGCAACAGACAAUUUCAUGGGAGCUAAUUUGAUUGGAAAAGGUGGAUUCGGUCGUGUUUAUAAGGGCCAAUUAGGAUCAGGGGAAAUAGUUGCUGUUAAGCAGCUUAACCUCAACGGUCUUCAAGGGAACCCGGAGUUCAUCGUGGAGAUUUUUAUGUUGAGUCUCUUAUUCCAUUCGAACCUUGUUACUUUGAUAGGUUAUUGUGCAGAUGGAGAUCAGAGACUAUUGGUCUAUGAGUACAUGCCACUGGGUAGCCUAGAAAAUCAUCUUUUUGAUCUAGAGCUUGAUCAGGAGCCACUGGAUUGGCACACCAGAUUAAAGAUUGCUGUCGGUGCAGCUCGUGGCCUUGAGUAUCUCCAUUGCAAAGCAAAUCCACCCGUAAUUUAUCGUGAUUUAAAGUCUUCAAAUAUAUUAUUGGAUAAUGACUUCAAUCCUAAGCUUUCAGACUUUGGAAUGGCUAAACUAGGCCCAGUUGGCGAUAACACUCAUGUGUCAACCCGUGUUAUUGGUACAUAUGGUUAUUGCGCUCCUGAUUAUGCAAUGAGUGGAAAAUUAACUAUAAAGUCUGAUAUAUAUAGCUUUGGCGUUGUCUUGUUGGAGUUGGUUACUGGCCGAAAGGCUAUUGACAAGACAAAGAAACCCGGAGAGCAGAAUUUGGUUUCUUGGGCCCGUCCCUUUUUGAGAGACCGUAAGAAGUAUGUUCAAUUGGUGGACCCUCUACUGCCUGGUCGAUUUUCGAUGCGUACGGUGCACCAUAUGGUUGCAAUAACUGCGAUGUGUCUUCAGGAUGAAGCAAAUUUCCGGCCUUUGAUUAGUGAUAUUGUUGUUGGACUCGAGUACUUAGCCUCUCAAGCUGAAAUGUGUAAAUAACCAUAAAAGUUUGACUAUUGAGUCGUAACUUAAGUAGAUAGUAACAAAAUACAUAUCAUAUCAUGCAUGAAACUAUGCUGAAUGCAAAAAA